UUGUUUGUUUGCAAGUAGAUAUAUAGAUAAGUAUUAUCCUUUUUUUUCUUUUCUUGAAAUUUGGUAUUUUGUUACAAGAUAAAAUCUUGAAAGUGAUAUCAUUGUCCAACUUGUGUUUUUUGUUCUUUCAUUUAUAUUGAAACGAUAAAAAAAACACUAUUAUUAUGGCAAAUAGAUGGUGGGCAGGAAAUGUUGGAAUGAAUAAUAAUCCGAUGACAUCUUCCGGUCAACAACCACCGUCACUUCACCUGAGAAACCCACCGGUGGUGGAUAAUGAUGAUAACAAACCACCACCCAUAAUGUUGACCAAAAAUGUUGACCAAAGUAACAACAAUGGUGACAACAAUGAUGAUGAAGAGUUUGAAAACCAACAACACAACAAUAACAGCAUUGUUGUCAGAGGUGGGUCUUUAGAGAUUUCUGAGCCGACAAGCUCCGGCGGUGGUCGCCGGCCAAGAGGUAGACCACCUGGGUCAAAAAACAAACCAAAACCACCUAUUGUUAUUACUAAAGAAAGCCCAAAUUCACUAAGAAGUCAUGUUUUGGAAAUUACUAAUGGGAGUGAUAUAAAUGAUUGUAUUUCAACUUUUGCACGGCGGCGCCACCGUGGGGUUUCGGUGUUGAGUGGUUCUGGGAUUGUUACUAAUGUGACUCUCCGGCAGCCAGCGGCGCCAGGUGGGGUGUUGAGUUUACAAGGAAGGUUUGAGAUAUUGUCUCUGUCUGGUGCUUUUUUGCCGACUACAGCGCCGCCGGGGGCUACUGGGUUGACGGUGUAUUUGGCCGGAGGUCAAGGUCAGGUGGUGGGUGGGACGGUGGUUGGUCAACUGAUUGCGUCAGGUCCGGUGAUGGUGAUUGCGGCGACGUUUACUAGUGCUACUUAUGAAAGGCUGCCAUUGGAUGAUGAAAGUGGAGGAGGGAAUGUUGAAGGAGGUGAAAUGCAAUUGCCAGAAAGUUUAGGGGUGAAUACUGUUAAUAGUCCUAAAUCUGGAGGUGGUGGGUCUCAGAGUGAUAACAUUCCUAGUUCUUCAAUGCAACAAGUUUACAAUCAGCCCCCUAAGCUAUUACCAAAUGGUCAAAUGCAUCAGGAUAUGUUUUGGGCUACUCCUCCACGUCCUUCUCCAUCUAAUUACUAGCUGUUGUGAAAGUUAAGAAAAGUUGUUUGGUUGGUUAGAAAGAAGUUUAGAGUAGAAAUUAGGAAAGUGGAUUUUUGGUUAUCUUUAAUUAAUAUAUUAUUAAUAUUAGGCUAAUUAGCUAGUAUUUUAAGGUUUAAUUACUUUUGUUAGUAUUUUGUGAUGUAAUUUUACUGUGACCUCUUUCCUACUUUGGGGCUUAGUUUGGUGAUUUUAAAAGCUAGUUUUAGUUUACUA